AUGGGAGGCGAACGCCCAAUCGCGCUUGUGGUGCAGGAGACCUAUAGGGCCGAUGUGGGUCUCUCAUCCUCAGCGAACCAUGAAGUCGAGAAACUUAUGAAGAAACAUAAAAUGGCAAACAAAAUACUUGGCUUACGGAGAAUGCAAGAUCGUACGCUGCGAAUCGAACCGAAGGCAAGUGAUGGAAAGGAUGCAGAAGAGAUCGAGUUGCUUUCACAGCGGAAAAGCGGUCGAGAAGAGUGUCAAACCUACAGCAUCUCAGCCGUCUAA